CUAACUAUACCCAUUGAACAAAGGUCUAUUUCAGAAAAUAUUACAGUGAAUUAGUUUGUGAUAUCUUUUAUAGAAUAAGGGCUUCAAAUGCCACUCGUUCAUAUUUUCUAUCGAUUGCAUAAUAUCUGACGCCGAACGAGAUCCCCCAGUCGUGAUGUUAUCAGAUCCUAGCUCACUGUUUCGCUAUAUUCAAUCGCAUUCCUCUCGACGGCGUAUCCCCAAUUCCUCCGUGAAGAAAACUGCAAUCGUUCCCCCUCGCUGAUAUUGAGGCAAUCGCUUCACACAGCUCACUGAGAUCCGCACCACGUGCACACUGCCCAUGGUUGCUGCCACUUGCUCGGAACCAGCCGCCCACCACACUCCAUUCGCGAAAUCGCUUCUCGGUUCACGGAUCUUAGACAUUUGGUUGCGACGACGAAAUCGAUUGCGAAGGCCGAGGCGUGGGUCCCAAGGGUUUCCUUUUGCGCACAACGGGCGCUAAACCCCCCCCUUUUCCUCCCUCGCUCUCGCGCUCGCUCGCUCGCUCGCAAAACCUCGGGCCAUAACGUUCGCCUCGCUUCUUGUCUUCUUGCUGGCUCGUGGGCCGCUGGUGUGUCAGUCAGUCAGCCCUAGCGACAUUCGACCGGGCUCGUAGAGCUCGUGAUAAGUUUAGCAGUUUUCCUCGAGCUGCACUUUGGUCGCGUUCCGCUUCCGCCUCUGGGAUCGGAAAUCGUGUAAUUUCGAUUGCGAGUGCGUGUCGGCGCUCGAGCGCGAGGGAGCCAUGGUGUUGCCGGCUGUGAAAGCAGCAGCUGCUGCGGCCGCCAAGGCUGCGAAGAAGGCUGCUCCCAAAGUGCCCAAGGCUCCGGGAGCCGUGGGCAGUCACGGCCUGACCAAGGCCUUCACCGUUUCUCCCGCCUUGAAGAAGUUCGUCGGUACUGCCGAAAUCAGUCGGACCGAGACGAUGAAGAAGCUUUGGGCGUAUAUUAAGGACAAGAACCUUCAGGACCCUAUGGCAAAGAGAGAAAUAGUUUGUGAUGAGACUUUGAAGCAACUCUUUCCCGAGAAAGAACGAAUCAACUUUCUUGAGAUCCCACGGUUGCUAUCAGCCCAUUUUCCCAAGAAGGGCCAAUCCUGAUCUCUUUCGACGAGAUAUCCUGUACAUUCAGUGUCGAAUCACCCGCCAGUGAAAAUGGCUGUGCAUACUUUUGGGAGCAAAAGACUAUUGUCAUGAACUUGAUUCCAGGAGCACUCCCCGAGGAACUUUUAUGUUGGGUAACAUUUUAACUGCAGUCAGUUUGAUCUGUCCUUUUCAUCAUAAGGUCCGAAGUGUUACAGACAGGCUUGGCUUGAUACUCAGCGAGGAUAGUCGAUGACAAUCUACACGGAAUCUAGAGAACGCGAAGAGUCGGUCACGUAGAAUCAGAUGCUCUAUGCAUAUGCACUGUCUAUAUCCAGCACUCUCGUCUUGGUGACCAAUGUUUUUGGAUCAGCUUCUGAUGGUUAUGAUAAAGAAUCCAGUGAGAGGUGGAUAUGCUCCUACAAGCACGCAUGUAUGCGAAGUUUUCCUUCAAUCUGCACUCCGAAAGAUUCAGGAAAGCAGCAGUACACUUGUGAAAAUUAUGUACUUAAGAGAGAGUCUUUGCUGUGAAUAUGCCAGAUAGGGCGAGUUACGCCUCCCUGGAAAUGCCACCUUGCAACAUCCCCGUCGUGGGACUUUCUGUGUGAAAUUUUUACAUUUUAUCUUCUAUCAUGGCUGGCCUGGCCAAA